GACGCAGAGCGAGGUCGCGACAUUUCCGGCGCCAGACUCCCCGCCUCUUGGUCUGUGCUCCCUCGUCAAUCCGAGAAGACCUGUAAGAAAGCGGUUCGGGUACUUGCCCCUGCAGGUGCAGACCCGCGUGUAGUCUCCUGUGUGGACUGUGUGAGAGGGAACAAUGCAGAAGGACUCUGGCCCACUAGUGCCUUUACAUUGGAUUGGUUUUGGCUAUGCAGCACUGGUUGCUUCUGGUGGGAUCAUUGGUUAUGCAAAAGCUGGUAGUGUCCCAUCUCUGGCUGCUGGGCUCCUCUUUGGUGGUUUGGCAGGCCUGGGCGCUUAUCAGCUCUCUCAGGAUCCAAGGAACGUCUGGGUUUUCCUAGCUACAUCUGGAACCUUGGCUGGCAUUAUGGGAAUGAGAUUCUACCACUCUGGAAAAUUUAUGCCUGCGGGCUUAAUUGCGGGUGCCAGCUUGCUGAUGGUUGCCAAACUUGGAAUUAACUUGUUCAAUAGACCCCAUCAGUCAUAGUAAUGUUCCAGCUUGGACUCUUGAAGAAUUUUAAAACUACCACUACUUUUAGUGUAUUGAGAGAAAUAAAUGCAGCAUUUUCACAUAUGCAGACAUUUUACUUAAAAAAACAUUGAACUUUGCAGAGAAAAGUACCAGCUGUUAUUAUUACAACCCUAAAGAGAUGGGUAGCAUAUAACAUGAGUUUAUAAUGCCCUCAUAGAAUCUGAUUCUUGUAUGUUGAUGUUAUUUCUUUCUGCACUUUUACAUAAAGUCUCAAGGGGUAAAAUGUUAGGUGUCAACAUUGGGGGCCCUGAAACUCCCCAUGCCUUGUUUAGAAGAACAUUGUGAAGAAAAAAUCUCUGAGAUUUGGGAUAUCUGUUCUUUUGCUCAUCUUAGAGCACAGACCUUCUUUGAAAUUAUGUAAAGGAAAUAUUAGUGGAAAUAAAGUUUAGUAUAA